GUUGUGUUCAAGGCAACGCCUGCCAGACACUUUCAAAGGAUACGACAGUUUGUAAUCUCUUCAAUAUACUGGAAAUAUAAACAGAUUUCAAAAUCUUGCUGAAGUCUGGACUCGGAGAGCUGAACUUAAAAUGCCUGGCGUCGUCUUCUUGAUUGUAGUGCCAACAGCAAAUUUCGAACGUGAACUCAUUUUCGGUACCAAUAGUGAAACACCGCCACCCGUGUAUACGCAACACGUGCCAGUGGUAGGGACCAACGUCGACAACAGCACCACCAAUCUUAACAUCAGUGUUCCGGAACAUGGCAAAAGCAGUGGCAAUGGCAAUAACACGAACGCCAUCUUGCGACUUGAAGUCGAAUUACGUGACAAGAAUGCUCCUAAAUACAGACGAGGCGUAGCUGGACGUGGUGGCAUGGGUAUUGCAGCGACGCGCGGUGGUGUGAAACGUCCGGCUGCAACGACCACACAAGCUGACAAUCCCGGGAUUUUGGUGCCACUGGAAAAGGUGCUCGAGGAGUUGCUUGUAAAACUGGAAAUUGAGCACGUAACAUGGACGACGGGCAAGCGAGGCUACUUUCAUCACGUUAUCUUUCCACUGCAAGCGGGUGAACCCUGCGAAACAACAUUGCAUUGUUUAACUGAGCUGGGUAUUGGCACAAAACUAAACUCCAGUGUCAGUGUCUUGCCAUGUAGCGUCAGUUACGAUGCACUCAGCGAGGCAGCCAAUAGGCUGGAGUACAGUGCUGACACCAACGAGGCGGAGGAGCUCUCCAAGUGGAACAACUUUGUGGAAUCAAUUAAAUCGAAGCUAACAGUCAAACAAGUGGUUGACGGCGUACGUGCUGGAGGGGCAUUGUCCUUUGAUUAUCUACUGCUUAUUGUUACAGCUGACUCUUUGGCCGCAUUAGGUUUAGUCGAAAAUAAUGCUCCGAAUAUUGUUGCGGCGAUGCUGGUCUCACCACUUAUGGGUCCCGUAAUGUCGAUUACAUUUGCUGCAAUUAUUUCAGAUAGAGAAUUAAUGCGUGUUGGUUUCAUAUCCUUGUCACUUGGGAUGUUUAUCUCCUGUUUAUUUGGAUUCAUAUUUGGUUUAAUUUUGGGUACCACUGAAAUGCCUUGGGGAAGCGGAGAUUGGCCGACUGAAGAAAUGAGAGGAAGAGGCAAUAUACGGGCGCUUUGGAUGGGCGUACUUUGGGCACUUACAUCGGGCACAGGUGUUGCCGUGGCAUUGCUGCAAGGUUAUGCAGGACCACUGAUUGGUGUAGCCAUUUCAGCCUCACUGCUGCCGCCAGUAGUAAAUUGUGGGCUCUUCUGGGCUUUGGCCUGCAUUUGGCUCAUAUAUCCCGAUAAACGUAUUCCGCAUCUGAAGGGUGAACCUCUAAAUGGCAACACAUCGUAUCCAUUUCUGUACACGGACUAUUUGCCAACGGAAUUUCUGAUCAAUGGAAUUGUGUCAUCCCUGCUGACUGUGGUGAAUGUGAUUUGCAUUUUUAUCACCGCCAUAAUAGUUUUGAAAAUUAAGGAAGUCUCGGCGCCAUACACAGCGAGUCCGGACUUAAAGCGAUUCUGGGAAACUGAUCUACGUACAGUACGCAAGACAAAUCGUUCCACGUUGCGAGGGAGCCGAGACACCCACAGACAGAAACUAUCAACUGCCUACAAAGGAUUGGAAGAGCCGCGAAACAAUGAAUUGAAUACAGUUUUAGAGCAAGCACUUAAGGAAGCUGAGGACGACGUUACAUUCAAAAAGGUCAAGCGGAUGAGUUAUUCCAGUAACGCUGCUGGUGAACUGACACAACGUUUAGCGAAAAUUGCAGGACUUAGUAAACGUGACGCACCGGAUACGGCAACUACGGCAUUUGGAAGUUACCCUGGUAGUCGCAUAAAUUCAAUAAGAAACUCCAGAAUGAAUGUUGACUUGAAGGCAUUGGACAAACUGAUUAGUAACUUGUUGGAGAAGCACACUGCAACUAGUAGUGCCGGCGCAAAUCGAAAAUCAUCAAUGAAGCUAAAUCGUUGGCAUCCCACAUCGCGUUCAGCGCACACAUUUAACAUAACCGAAGGCAAUGCAAGCACUUACACUUUAAUGCCAGAGAAAGUUAAUAGCGGAAACGUUGGGGGUGGGGCUGGCAGUAGUGCCACCGGUAGCAGUGGCACAACUCCUGUUACUCAACAUGCAUCGGUUAUGCCUACCAUAAUGGAAUCCAACACAAGUGCUAAUGUUAACACGGAUGCAGCUGAAACACCUCAAAGGCAACAAACACCAGUGGUGCGCAACGUUCUACAAUCCGUUGCUAAUGUGCCGCAGCGUUUUAGUCAAAGCCUUGGCAUUACUACGCCCGGCGUUGAGGACGAAGAAAAUCUGAAUCUAAUACAAAAUUACAUUGCAUAAUUGAGCUUAUUCAGUUAUCGCACUUGAGAUCAGACA